UAAACUCCGACAUUCGUCCGCUUUGACUGUGUCACCCAACCAUUAUAGUUUCACACAAUUCCCUUUUGAAUCCUGUCAUCCAAUAGACCUACCAUGGAUACGCAACAAAGCACCAGCGCGAGGUCUCCGCAAGCGACUUCGCUAGUUAUGCGUCAUCAAAGCUGGCUGGACUUCUCCUUAAUCCUACCGAACAAAGGCAGCAUGGCUCGAGAUCAACUGGCGAACGAGCGCAAUUGGCUUACUGGUUUUCGACUUUCCUGCACCCUCAUGAUACUCGGAUUUACCGUAUUACUUAAAUUCCGACUGCCGGCGGUUGACAGUGAGGAGAGUGGCGAUGACUCAAACAAUCUUCAAGAGCGGGCUCGACAACCGUUUGGUUACCUCUUUGUCUGUAUUGGCAUUUGCUCUUUCCUUAUUACGCUGAGGAGAUAUUUCAAGGAUCAGAUGUUGUUGGCGAAUCAGCGAUCCUUUGUACAGGCCGGCUGGGGCAGUUUUAUUAUGGUCGCUGUAGUGUUCGUAUUCGCGUGUGUUUUUAUGGUCUUUGCAUCCAUUCACGGCGAUACGUUUUCUGCUUAAAAGCCAUUAAUUAAUAUUCCUCCCAAACAUCAGUAUAUCCUCACUUAAUCAUACCAUAAAUUUGUAAUUUAGUUGCACAACAACAAAAAGUAGCUUCCUAUGCUAACAGAAUAAAACAAUUCAUUGUGCCGGAUUAACUAUGACUAAUAUUGCUAUUUAUCAGUGAAAACAGUGAAAAUACAAUAUAUCUCAUCGUUUAUGAGAUGCCUCAAGAAUAAUAAAAAGCAAGACUGUAGGGCUGGUACG